UGUAAUCAGAUGCACAUAUGCUUGGUGGACGGUCAGCUACGGGAUGCAUGUUUGUGUUGCCGUCGCCAUUUUCCCGAGACGCGGAUUCAAUGUAGCGACUUGCCCCGCAUCCAGCGCCGAACCACGAAUCAGUCUUCAUUCCGCUGCCUGGUGAUGUCGUCAUGCCAGUGAGCACGGGUACCUUCUCUUUGGAUGAUAUCUGAGACAUCGCCGUUGAGAGGCGUGCCUCCGGAUCACAGCAGUCCCAGUCUCACGUCGAAGGCGCUGUCGCCAAAUGUGAGAAAGCGUGCGAGGUUCAAGCUUCGCUUUGUCCCCUCCCUGGGUUUGGGAAACAGCAGUCCCUCGAGCGCUUUCGGAGGUUAGGUUUCGAACUUGGCCGUGCUUCCGUGGGCGGACCUUCUCCAAACUGAGUGGGAGUGUAAUGAAGGUUCUUCGGUGCUCCCUUUCCAAUGAUUUCACUCGGCCGACACCGGAUCCGCCGACCUUUUGGUAUCUUUGCAGCUAUGGUUGGUCCUUGCAGGCUACUGUGGGCUUUGCGGCACUUGGGCACGGAGUUGUGGGUUCUUCCAUGCUGGCCGCGCAGUAUGCUUUGAAGGAUGAGUUUGCCUUGGGCCCAGCAGCAAUGACAUUAUGCUUGAACUUUACUUACUUCGGCUGGAUUCUCAAGCCAGUGUGGGGGGCAAUCUCAGACUCUUGCCCAAUCUGCGGACAGCGCCGAAAACCAUACCUCUUUCUGAGUGCAUUCAUUGGAGUCGUGGCAUUUGUGUCUUUGGGCUUCGCAGGUUCUCUCUGGCAGUUUGUAACUUUGUUUACAUUCGCUCACCUCUGCAUGGCUAUCCUAUCCGUCAUCGCGCAGGCUUUGAUUGCGGAAUGCUCAUGUGGUUCAACUGAUACUGAUCAGACGUCUUUCGGUUUCUCGUCCUACUUCGGCAUGAAGCAGACUGCAGCGUCGCUCUUUGUCUACGUGGCCGGUUGGCUGCUGGAUCAGCACCUGGAGCCACGGGCGGAACCAUGAUUCUGUUGCAGUCCAGCUUUGUAACAUCCUGUGAGGGAGGCUUGCUUGCAUUCCAGAGUCGGCCAAAAUUUCGACCCCCAGAGCUCUCGCGGCCAGUUCCUGGGGUCACAGGGCUUCUCCCGUUUGGUUCACGUGCUCCCCAAGCGCUUUUCGGAAGGACAGCCUCCCCUCGACCGCCACGAAGGGCAUGUUCGGAAUGUUCGAGAGCUUCGUCCCUCAACAGCGUGGUUCCACAUUCACAUCUGCCCCCUGGCCAUCACACUUGUGCGUGUGCGUGUGUGGUACUCUGUGCUCUGGUGCGUCCGCUGCGGCUUGCCUUGUCCGGCUGGGCACUGCUUGUUCUGUGCUUCCCGCCGCCUUUCCUGCCUGUCCUUUCCCUUGUCCUUCCUAGGCCUUCGUCAUCGCCGUCUGGCUGGAGUGCGCCUCUACUUCCACUUCCUGGUCACUGUUGGCUACCGACGUAUAGGUAUUCCCCUCUUCUGCAGGCGCGCGAUGUACUUCAGCUCGGCGCGAUCGUGUAUGUUCCGGUGUUGUUGGUGACACCAUUACUGGAAGAGGCCACCGUGUUGUCGCAGGUGUCUUGGAAGAGACAGUUUGAAAUAUUGGCGGAGUUCAGUGAGAAUAGUAACGUCCGGGCCGUGUUUGUCUUCGUUCUGGCCAUGCAGGGUGUUGGUAGCCCGAUAGACUCUGGUGCCAUGUUUUUCUUCUACACUGACAAGUUGAAUUUUACUGCCAAAUUUCUCGGCGCGGUGACUGUUUCUGGGAACGUUGGCUCUGUACUCGGAAUCGUAGUGUAUCACACUUUAUUGAGGCAUUUCCAGAUUCGCCCCAUGCUUGCUAUUUUGACACUGGUGAACGCCACGGUCGCCGCGGUAUCAUUGAUUCAGGUGUUACGCCUCAACCUUGAUUUUGGCGUCGACGACCACAUCUUCACAUUAGUUCAUACGUUCUUCACCAGGCUAGUGGCAGAGAUGUUGUUCAUAGCUGCUGUUGUAUUGUCCGCCCAUCUUUGCGCGAAGUCAAUCGAAGGUACAACCUUGGCACUGUUCAUCUCUGUUAGCAACUUUGGCCAUAUGCAGGCAGGGUUAUCAUCUGCUGGACUCACAGCCGUCCUGGAUAUCACCCGGGACAACUUGGAUAACCUAUGGGUGCUAUCACUUUUGUGUUGCACUAGCAUGCUGGUGGCGUUGCCGCUAGUGCCCUUCUUGCCGGUCCUGGAUUCCGAGCCGAAGGACUUCACAAGUGCUUCUCGUGGGAGGGUUAUAUCUGGCUAGUCGCAUCUCAGUAUGUUAGCAUCUACCGCUGUUGGGUAUUUGAGGCAAAUGCUUGGGUAUUUGAGGCAAAUGCAGAUGAUGGUGCGUCGCGUGGUCUUCAACGCUUCUGCUGUGACCCUCGCGCGUUCUCUUGAGCUGAUGCGCCGUACCUGGCAACGCAUUCGAGUCUGGGGCUCCUCCGCGUGCCUCAGCGGCAGAUGACCACCAGUGGUAUUUAGCAUGUAUGUAUGCGUAGACAGUUCGCGUCUAUUCACAUCAACAUGCAUCAGUGGUACGCCUUUCUAUGCAAUCAUGUUGGCGUUCCCAGGUUCUGCCGGUUCCGAGACAACGUAUUUUAAACGGGUGCAUCGUUCAAGGGACACUGAUCCGGUCCGCAGGUGUUUUUUUUUGUUGCCUUACCCAGUGUUGGCACUGAUCAUUUCGAACAUGCCGUGGAAAGACUUGCUCCGUCAUUGAAGUUGACGACUUCCACCUCGUCGUAAUGAAUUGCGC